AUGGAGGCUGCAUCAUCUUACAUUCCCAAAGACAACGAGGAAAAGCCCUUAGGAGAAGAUGCCUGCUUCAUCUGUGAAGAAACGCAGACCAUUGGGGUGGCAGAUGGGGUGGGAAGUUGGGGGAAAAAAGGCAUAGAUGCCGGUGAAUACGCGAGAGAGCUGAUGAAUAAUGCAUCCUUUUCGGUUCUUGAACAGGCGGAGGAGGAGGGUUCUGUUUGUCCCUUGCAAGUGUUGCAUGAAGCUUACUGGAUGACCAAGGCAAAAGGGUCAUCCACUGCAUGCAUUGUGACCCUAAAGGAAGAUUUCUUGCAUGCUGUGAAUAUCGGAGACAGUGGUUUCUUGGUGAUCAAGAAAGGGAAAGUUGUGUUCCAGUCGCCCGCCAUGCAGAAGCGGUUUAACUGUCCGUAUCAGCUUGGAAACGAGAGCGAUACUCCGGAUUCGGCCCAAGAAUUCAAGGUUGAUGUGGAGCAUGAUGAUGUUUUGGUGGUGGGAACUGAUGGUUUGUUUGAUAACUUGUUUCCUCAUCAGAUAGGGUCUAUAGUUCAUAAUUGUGUGGAAGGGAAGUUGUCGCCAAAGAUGAUGGCUAGUCUUAUAGCAGAACUUGCUUGGUAUCAUUCUCUUCAGAAGGAUCGUUCAACUCCCUACACCAAGUCUGCCAUGGAAGUGGGACUGGUUCAGGAGAAUUAUUUGGGAGGCAAGUAUGAUGAUGUUACUGUAGUUGUUGCUAAGAUUGUAUAG